CAUUCCUGGUUGCUCCCAGGCGUUGCUAUGUUUCCCGUCACACCAUCCUUCAUGGAGGUUUCAGGCUUCAGCUUCUGGUCAAUUCAACCCCCCCUGGUGGUUAAAAAACACACAUGCCAGCCAUUUAUGACGCUGUAGAACCAGAGUCAGAUACAGCUAAGGUUUUCCGGAUUCCGAGGGCUCUGUGUCAGCGACUUCUAACCACUUAAGGAUAUCUUACCGAGAAGCAAGCCGUUUCGAAGGAGCUAUUAGCACUCUUUCGUCUUAAGAGCAUUCUGUUUCGUCCGUAGCCCUUUCGCAUCCUUCAGUGGACGGCUUGCCUAGAAGGACCUGUCUGAUGACGAGUUCGACGGAUUUCCGUUUUUUCCUCUCGUGCGACAUCAACUUACCCAUACGCUUUAAAGUCGAAAGUCUUCUCGGCAACAUCGAUGCGAAUGCCGGCUCAGCUGGAGCGUUUUUACUUCUGAGUGCAGAAGCCACCUCUUGCGCUCGCGAGCACAGCUCCCCCACCGAAGGUCACGGCGGAAGGCAGCCAAGCGCAAACGGUACAUGGCUCGGUGAUCCGGGUUGUCAGGAGGCAAGUGCUCUCUGCGUGGAGUGCGAGCUGUUCAUCGACGGAGUCUCGUUUGGCCAACCCGUCGUCACGCGGAAUGCAACAUGGAGUGAGGCAGAUGGCGGGAGAUGGCGAUGGGACGAAUGGGUCCUACUGACAGCCAAAUACUGCGACCUGUCUGCUUACUCCUUCAUUGCGUUCACUAUCUGGGACAUGAAGCGUCCGAACAGGCCACGUGUAGUUGGAGGCACCACACUCCCUCUCUUCUCCCACACCAUGUCAGCGCAUCCUCCCCCGUCACCCCCCUCCCCCUCACCACGAUCAUCAUCACCACUUCCACCCCACACACCGCUCCCUAGCAUCCCGGACGUCCUCUCUCCUUAUCCUGACGCCUGCUUCGGUGCGGAUUUAGGCGCACUCCCAGGUUUGGCGCCAGGCUCGGGCGUGGGUUUGGCAGCAGGCGCUCAGAUGCAGCACAUGCUGAAGAUGGGGCGGUUCAAAGCACGCGUGUGGCAGGGGAAGAAGGCUGACGGAGGGGUGCCCUGCAGAACACCAGGGAAGGUCCCCAAGGAGGAGCAAGGGGAGACCGAGAGGUUGGAGCGGUUGGUGAAUCGCUAUGACCGUGCCCAGAUGGCACGAGCCGAUUGGCUGGACGAUCUCGCCUUUGCGGCCAUUGACACCAUUCUUGAGGGGGAGGAGAAGGAACGUUCCAGGAAGCGGGGGAGCAUGGCGCCAAGACUAGUUGUGGAGUUUCCAACGUUUGACCAUCCAGUGGCGUUUCAGGAGCUAGGCGCAGCAGGAGUGGCAGGGGUAGGUACUACCGCGGCAGCAGGGGGCGCUAUCAGCAGCAGUACACUAGGCACAGGGGCGAUACCCAUAGGAGUGGCGCCCAUCCCGGCGAGCAACGAGGUGGUGGUGCUGUGGGACCCAGAGAUCGAGCAGCGCGUGAACCCCGCAGAGGCCAAGCAGCUGAAGCUCACACGCAUGCUCACGAGAGGCAACAUGGAGAGGGAUCUCAAGCCCAACCUGGCAGAGAGGAAGGCCAUCGCCACCAUCCUGAGCUACCCCCCCACGCAGUCUUUGUCCCCAGAGGACGUGCAGCUGCUGUGGCGCUUCCGCUUCUCCCUCACCACCGACCGCCGCGCGCUCACCCGCUUCCUGCGCUGCGUUGACUGGAGCGAUGCCGAGGAGGCGCGAGAGGGUACAGAGCUGAUGUACGCAUGGGCUCCUAUCGACACUGCUGAUGCUCUCGAACUGCUCUGCCCCACUUUCUCCUGUGAGGAGGUGCGGGCGUACGCAGUGACGGUGUUGGAGCGUGCCGGGGACGAGGAGCUGAAGAGCUAUCUGCUGCAGCUGGUGCACGCUCUCCGAUACGAACGCUCCGACUUCUCCAACCUCGCCCUCUUCCUCAUCUCCCGAGGCUGCCAUAAAUUUGAACUCGCCAAUUUCCUGCACUGGUAUCUGCAGGUGGAGAGGCAGGAUCACGUGUUUGCAUCCCGCUAUGCCUUCGUGCACGACCAUCUCCUGGCCACCUUACUAGAGUUGGGUCCAGAGGGAGCGGAGGUGCAUGCGCAGCUGAUGCGGCAGUGCGAGCUGGACACAGCGCUGGCGGGCACCAUGCAGGCGAUCAAUGCAGUGCGGGGCAGCACAGCCCGCAAGGUGGAGCAGCUGAGGGCGCUGCUGAGUGCCGACAGGGAUGGCAGUCUAGCUAACUUCGCUCAGCCCCUAGCCUUGCCGGUGGACCCAUCCAUUCGAGUGGUGGGGAUAGCGGCGGAGGAGUCGAGUGUGUUCAAGAGCAUGCUGCACCCGCUGAAGCUGUCGUUCAGGCGGGAGGACGGGGGGCUGUGCCGCGUCAUCUUCAAGAAGGGCGACGACCUCAGGCAGGACCAGCUGGUGAUUCAGAUGGUGACGCUCAUGGACCGUCUGCUGAAGAAGGAGAACCUCGACCUCUGCCUCACGCCGUACCGCGUGCUCGCCACCGGGGCGGACCAGGGCUUUGUGGAGUUCGUCCCCUCCAUGCCCCUUGCUCAGGUGCUGGCAGAGUACCGGUCCAUCGAGCGCUACCUGCACCAGUUCCACCCGGACCCUGACUCGCCGCACGGCAUCACGCCCACGUGCCUCGACACCUUCAUCCGCAGCUGCGCUGGUUAUUGCGUUACCAUGUACAUCCUGGGCGUCGGAGACAGACACUUGGACAAUCUCCUGCUGUGCACGGACGGCCGCCUAUUCCACAUUGACUUCGGCUACAUCUUUGGGCGCGAUCCCAAGCCCUUCCCGCCGCCCAUGAAGCUCUGCAAGGAGAUGCUGGAUGCCAUGGGAGGCGCAUCCAGCCCCGAGUACGUGCGCUUCCGCUCGUACUGCUGCGAGGCGUUCAACAUCCUGAGGGCCAGCAGCCGCCUCUUCCUCAACCUCUUCCACCUCAUGGCGCACGCCAGCAUCCCCGACAUCGCCUCGCACGACCCCGACCAGUUGUUAACCAAGUUGCAGCAGAAGUUCCGCCUGGAUCUGGACGAUGAGGCGGCGGUGCAGUUCAUCCAGGCGCUCAUCAACGAGUCCGUGUCCGCGCUGCUGCCGCAGAUGGUCGAGACCAUCCACCGCUGGGCGCAGUACUGGCGGUGACACGGGUGUGCACCAUUGAAUGCGAAGGUUUCAUCCAGGCUCCAGUCCAAUCCAGUGGCGCUCUUCAUCGAGGCGAGUGGACUGUAGUGCCUUCGACCUGCUGACGCACAUGAUGGAGAACAUUCACCACUGGGUGCAGGACUUGCAGUGAGAAAGAGCCUACCGCAGACCUGAAUGCUGCCUGGUUGUUCGACGAGUGUACAGCCGGGCUUUGAAUAGGUGUACAUAGCCGUAAUACCCAAGGAUGUCAAGAGCUUUCACAUAGGAAAUCUCAUUCCAACACAUGUAUGUUCUCGAUCAACUGUUGAAGUGUGGCUCAUGCCAGUCACACUCAAGUGUAGCUGUGGGGGUAGUUCUCAAUUAUGUACAUAUGUUACAGGAUAAGGAAACCCAUCCUCUGCAGAAUAGUGUGCUUGUAUCUGCUUU